ACCAUUUGAUUUUGUAACACUAGCGGUGGAUUUUUAAGCCGAAGUUGUACGUUCAUUAUCUGUUCCGCCGUGCCAUCGGUGUUGCUGUUUUUGGUAUUCUAUUCAAGGUGCAUCCACCUCGAUUAUAAGAAAAGAUCUGUGCAUACCAUAUUUAAAGUGAACGUAGAGAGACGAGGCAGAGAUUGCACGAAAAUAAACAAGAUGGAGUCAAAUGAUGAUGCUGGUGUGUUGAAUGUUGGAGGCUCAGCUGAUGAGAAUUAUUUUCUUGGCUACACCUUCACAGAUCGUUCUCACUCUGGUCGCGUGGUGAAAAGCAUUAUGGACUUGUGUCUGGAAGAUGGGCUUUUUGCAGAUGUUAUUGUUUUAGUUGAUGGAAAAGAAUUCCGGUUGCAUCGACUUGUUUUGUCUGCACAGAGCUGUUUUUUUCGGUCAAUGUUCACCAGCAACCUAAAAGAAGCAAACAAUCGCAGCAUUGAGCUGAAGGAUGUUAGCUCCUCAGUGUUCCAGCUGCUUGUGGACUACAUCUACCAUGGAACCAUCAAACUGCGAGUGGAGGAACUGCUAGACAUUUAUGAGAUGGCUGACAUGUACCAGCUGACUGCCCUAUUUGAAGAGUGUUCUCGUUUUUUGGCACGCACUGUAGAAGUGAAGAGUUGCCUACAAGUCAUGUGGCUGGCUGACCAGCACAGUGAUCAGGAGCUGUACACUGCAGCCAAACAUUGUGCUAAAAUGCAUCUGAUGCAGCUCCAGCAGACCGAGGAGUUUCUUUCCUUACCACUACGACUCUUAACAGAUAUCAUCAAAGAUGGCGUUCCAAGUUCUCAAAAUCCCACAUCUGCUAUAGAAGUCUGGGUGAAUCAUAGCAGUGAUAGGCAGGACUUCUCUGAGAUGCUCCUCAACAGUCUUAAGGAGAUCGGAGAAAAUGUGCACAUCUACCUGAUUGGGAGGGAUGAGAGCCGCACACAUUCUUUAGCUGUGUCUCUACACUGUGCUGAAGAUGACGCCAUCAGUGUUAGUGGGCAGAACAGCCUAUGCCACCAGAUCACUGCGGCUUGUAAACAUGGGGGUGACCUCUAUGUGGUUGGAGGUUCCAUUCCUCGACGUAUGUGGAAAUGCAACAUGCAGACCAUGGACUGGGAGCGAUGUGCCCCUUUGCCACGAGACAGGGUGCAGCAUACACUCGUGUCUGUUCUGGGAGAUGAUGCAAUUUAUUCUCUUGGAGGAAAGACACUACAGGACACUCUCUCCAAUGCUGUCAUCUACUAUACAGUUCAUGAAAAUAUAUGGACAGAAACUAGCCAACUGGAUACUGCUGUGUCAGGUGCUGCUGGAGUAAAUAUGGCCGGCACCAUCUACCUCUUAGGUGGAGAAGAGAAUGAUAUGGACUUCUUUACCAAACCCUCUAGACUGAUCCAGUGCUUUGACACUGUUUCUCAGAGGUGCCAUGUCAAGCCAUACCUUCUGCCAUUUGCUGGCUGUAUGCAUGCCACAGCACACAAGGACCUGAUCUUCAUUGUGGCAGAGGGUGACUCUCUGGUCUGCUAUAAUCCCCUGCUGGACAGCUUCACACGUCUGCGUUUUCCUGAAACCUGGAGCUGCAUACCUUCCAUCUGGAAGGUUGCAAGCUGCAAUGGCUGCAUUUAUGUUUUCAGAGACAAGUGCAAGAAGGGAGAUGCCAACACACUAAAAUUCAACCCUGCCACUUCAGUAGUCACUGUGAUCAAGGGAAUAAAGAUCCUUUUGACGAACUGGCAGUUUGUCUUAGCCUGAGUACACUCAGUCAGUUCCACAUUGGAGUGGACCUGAGGACAAUUGGGUUAAUUGGCACAAUGAACAGUAAGCAUUUGAGUUGUACGCCAGCUGUUAUGGAAGUGUGACGAUGUAUUUAUGCUAUAGAAGCCAAGUGCCAUGUUUGCUUCAUAUCUUUCUUUUUUUUUUCUGUUGCUCUGCUUUUUCAUAAUGGGCAGUUUUGUUGUGGUGUUGCAUAUCUACAAGUGGGAGUAACCCAAAGACCCCAGCCUGGGUAUUUGUAAGAUGUGUGUGUUUUUAUAGCCACUAUGUAAUCCACAUUAACUAAGCAGCAUUUAAAAGGUGUUAUUAACAAUAGUAUCAAGAAAUGUACAACUAAUUUAAAAAGUCAUUUUAUGUAAUUUGGUUUUGCUAUUUUACUACAAUACUGCUUUAGCAAUAAACUGACACGUAACACAUA